CGCAAAUCCUACAAACUCUCAUCUCUCCAAUUUUCAGUUCAAGAUCUUUUCCCUUUUCCUAUUGCUUUUCCCUUAUAUCUACAACUGAAAAGGGAAAAGCACAAAAAAAAAAAGAAAAGAAAAAAAAUGGAGAAAUGAAGCCAUGGAAGGAUUUAUAUAUAUGUUGGCAAAUUUUGCUACUCAAUCAAGUGAUUGUUUUUGUCAACAUAUAUUAACAUUAUGGGAAACUGUAUUUUCCGUCCUAAGCUUAAGAAAGUGGACGGCGUCUUCAAUCCGUACGCCUCCAACAAGAUGAUUAUGAACCCUCCAAACGUCUAUAUUCCGCCUAGAGGAGCCUCUGGCCAAGGUAUUCCCCUUCCUAGCCAAUGUAGCCAUCCUUUGCCGACGCCAACUUCGCCACAGAAAAAUAAUCCGGUUGGAAAGAACAGAAAUGGAACUUUGCAAAAUCUCCCAACCGAGAGUCAAAUCUUGGCAUCUCCAGGUCUCAAAUCUUUUUUGUAUAGUGAGCUUGUUGAAGCUACUGCAGCAUUCUCUGCAGAUAAUCUCUUAGGUGAAGGCGGUUUCGGAUGUGUGUACAAAGGAUGGUUGGAUAUAGAUACCCUUGCUCCCGUGAGACCAGGUUCAGGAAUGGCCGUUGCCGUAAAGAAGCUCAGGCCUCAAGGCUACCAAGGCCAUAAGGAGUGGUUGUCUGAAGUAAAUUAUCUAGGCCGACUUCACCACCCUAAUCUAGUCAAGCUUAUUGGAUUUUGCUUGAAAGGCGAAAAUCGGUUACUUGUGUAUGAAUACAUGCCCCAAGGCAGCCUUGAAAAUCAUUUAUUCAAGAAUGACAGACGUCCGCUCUCUUGGGAAACAAGGAUGAAGAUUGCUGUUGGUGCUGCUAGAGGCCUCACUUUUCUACAUAAUUCGGAACCACAGAUCAUAUACCGAGAUUUUAAAGCAUCAAACAUUCUGUUAGAUUCGGAUUUUAAUGUAAAGCUCUCAGAUUUUGGAUUGGCAAAACGAGGUCCAACCGGGGAUCAGACUCAUGUUAGUACAAUUGUUAUGGGCACUGAAGGGUAUGCUGCACCAGAAUACAUUAGAACAGGUAGAUUGACUGCGAAAUGCGACAUUUACAGCUUUGGAGUUGUACUAUUCGAACUGAUCACAGGGAGAGUAGCUGUAGACUAUCGAAGGGCGAAAGAAGAACAAAACCUAGUGAGUUGGGUGAAACCUCACCUGCGCAACAAGCGCGCAUUGGUCCGAAUCAUGGACAACAGUUUAGAGGGACAGUAUCCGAGGAGAGGAGCAUUUGUAGCAGCAACUCUAGCCUCGUACUGCGUGAAUCCCGAACACAAGUUCCGGCCACCAAUGUCAGAAGUCCUUGGAUACUUAGAACAGUUACAAUCACCAAAGUUUCUAACAUUACCACCAUCUCCUCCACCUGAUGCAAUGCGGUCUAGUACGAAUUGGUCGCCGAUAAAUCGAAUGCCUCGUGGACCUUCAAGACCAGCUCACUUAAAAUCUCAACAUCAUUCUAGGUUAUCUAGAUACAUUGAAUCUCGCUAAAGCAUCAAAGGGAUGCAGGAGGAAAUUUUGGUAUUUAAAAAAAGAACUACAUCUGUUAGUUGCAAUCUUCAAAUCCAACUAUAUUAUGUUUUGUACUCAUCAUUCAUUAGGAAUGCGUGCCUGUGUUUGCUUCCUUUUUGACGUUCAUGUAUAUAUACAAAAGGAAAGGCUUAUUUUUUACUUUAAAGUCAAUGUGGA